AAUUUUACAUGUGCACAUUUACACAUUUUCGCUGGUCAAAAUGCGCUGCCAUUACGAGGUGCUGGCUGUUGCGCGGGAUGCAUCAGCCGUGGAGAUCAAGAAGGCUUUCCGUCUACAGGCAUUGCGGUGGCAUCCGGAUAAGCACCAGCAGAACGGAAUCUCGAGCGAGGAGGCCACGGAGCAGUUCCAGACCAUUCAAAAUGCCUACGAGGUGCUGAGUGACCCACACGAGAAGAAAUGGUACGACGAGCACCGGGAACAGAUUCUACGCGGCGGAGACGGCAAUGACGACGAUGACGACGAAGAUGAGCUCAAUUUGUUCCGGUACUUCAGUGCAUCGGUCUAUUCGGGCUUCGGCUCCGAUGCCAAGAGCUUCUACUCCGUGUACGGAGAACUCUUCGCCAGGAUCGAUGGACUAGAAUUGGAAGGUGGUGAUGGCUCGAGAUCAGAAAUUGCGCCGGAGCUUGGAGAUGCCAAUACGUCGAUGGAUGAUGUCAACUACUUCUACCAGCGCUGGAAGAGCUACACGACGCAACGUAGCUUUGCAUGGGUGGACGAGUACAAGACGACAGAUGCACCGACUAGACUUGUGAGACGAGCAAUGGAGAAGGAGAACAAGAAGCUGCGAGAUGCUGCAAAGAAGGCGUUUACUACGGAAGUGCGUGAGCUCGUGGACUUCGUGUGUCGUCGAGAUCCACGUGUACGGGCAUUCCAGAAGCAAAAGGAGCAGGAGAAAGAGCAGCGACGUCUUGAAGAAGAGGCUAAAAGGCGCGAGAAGCAAGCUGCGUUUGAUGCCGAGCGACGUGCCUUUCAAGAGCAGCAGGAAAAGCUCUGGGCUGACAGUAACAUGGAGACAAGCCGUGUUGCUGACCGUGACAUUGAGCAGGAGCUCGAAAAGCUACGAAAGAAAUUAGACGCAGACGUGCUGGUAUGUGACUUGUGCAACAAGACCUUCAAGUCGACGAAACAGUUGCAGAACCAUCUCACAUCAAAAAAGCAUCGUGAAAAAGAGGAGGAGCUCGGUGUGUUUAGUGACCUCAGCAUUCUGGACGAUGAAAUGGAUAGAGAUCUACAAGAGGAGCUUAUAGCUCUAGGCAAGGUGAAGCGUGAAGUAAGUGAUGACAACAAGCUUCCAGCCACAGAUGAAGAUCAGAAGAGUGUUGAGGAGGUCGAUACUGAGCAGCAGGAAGCUGAUGAAGAAGCCGCGCGUAAGAAGGCAGAGGCUGAGCGUGUGCGACUAGAAAAGGAGCAAAAGGCAGCCGAGAAGCGCCGCGAACGGAAGGAGAUGCGUAAGAACAAGAAGAAAGAGAACGUUGAGAAAAUUGUGAAUAAUGCCCGCUCGAAAAAGGAGAAGAAGGAAGAGGAGGAAGAACAGCGUGGUCGCGGAAAGAAGGGCAAGAAGCGAAGAUAGAUGAUUAUAUCAAAAAUAAUGGACAAAAAUCUUAGACUAGAGGUUUUGCUAAAGCGA